AAACAGGCCAUAACUUAUCCUCUGGUUAUGGAGAUACAGAUGGUGAUGUCCAUCUUUGCCACUUUGUUCUGCACUGUGGGAAUGAUAGUGAACAAAGACUUUCAGGCCAUCUCAAGGGAGGCAAGAGAAUAUGAGCUUGGGACAGUGAAGUAUUACGUGGUGCUUGUUUGGUGUGCAAUCUUUUGGCAAUUCUAUUACUUGGGAGCUAUUGGGGUUGUCUUCGUCGCUUCAUCAUUGGUGGGUGGUAUAACAAGUGCUGUGUUGCUUCCGGUGUUGGAGAUCUUAGCCGUUGUUUUCUUUCGGGAGAAGUUCACAGCUGAGAAAGGAGUAGCUCUCGUACUUUCUCUUUGGGGUUUCACAUCUUACUUUUAUGGACAGUACAAGAGAAAGAAGAAAAUGAGUCAAACUCCACAACCACAACCACAUUCCAACGCACAAAUACCAUAAUCCUGCUUUUAUAAUACCCAAAUCUCUCUAUAUAUAUAAGUGGUGUCAAGUUUAAUCUCAGAGCAUGCAAAGUGGGAUGCUUUGAUUCCUUUGGCUUUUCUUAGAGGCUUAUAUGUAUGAUAUUUUCUUUUUCUUCCUUUUGUAUUUCAAUAAUGGAAUCGGGUGGGGAUACCAUGGAGAGAGGAGAAAUUGGGAGACUUGUUUUAACUUUUAAGCUUCAAAAGAUAAACAAAGAUUAGAGGGUUCUUAGCAUA